GCGAGAACGGACUCCCGCACGCAGUGCUAGCAGAUGGCGUCUACGUACGCACUGCCUAUCGCGCCCACCUCGCAUUCUCACGGCCAUGGGCGCUCGCAAUCGCAGUCGCAUUACUUCACAGCACCCUCGCCGAAUAGCAGCGGACGCUCCAAGGUCCUGUCACCCGUAGAGGAAGGGAACAACCCUACGUCAGGGCACCAACACCACAGACCAAACAUGAGCGGACAACUGUAUGGCGCGGUGCGUUCGCCGUAUGCCGAGUACAAUAGCAAUGCGCACAACCACAGCCACAGCCACAGCCACGGCCACAGCCAUUCCCACUCUCACGCCCAUACCAACUCGAAUGGCUCCACGCACAGCUUGACUUCCUUUGCGAAUGGUAGGACAAACAGCAGACUUGGCUUGGACUCGCCCCAAACACCAAGGAAGAAUGCGGCGGCAGCGAAGUAUGGCCUGUUCUCACCAGUACAGGAGUCUGCGCCAGUGCAGCCAUCUUUAUCAUUCCUAGACCUCCCCGAAGCACUCACUGCGCUGCUCAUCCCUCUCCCGUACCUCCUUGCAUCUAUAGCAUACCCGAGUGCUGCACGAAAGCUACCUGCGACACUAUCAGAGGCUCUCGUUCAAAAUGAGCCAGCGGUCGCCGCCGAAACCGCCGCGAACGAAGCACACCUUUUAAACGCCCUCUUCCUCACAUCGACGACAUUGCUUGUAGUGGGACUUGUAGCAAGGGUUCGAUCGAGUCUAGAUCAGCCGCUUGAUCGGCGAAAGGCAGAAAGCUCGAGGGGUAUCGCAACGGCAUUGCGGGAUGCUGCCAGUCUCAAACAGACUCUCAGCAACAUCGCCGGUGUCCUGCUGCCUUUCUAUGCUACCAUGCAGAUAGGUGGCGCAAAGACAGCCUUGGUGCUUCUGACUGCGGUUGCAGCAGGUGUUGGCGCUACAGAUCAAAGACCGGGCAAACACACGCACUGGGAUGAUUUUAAAAGGACCCUGCGGACCCGAAGGACGACGUUCGCAGUCCUGUUUAUUGGUACUAUCGUCGAUGUCAUGGCCUGGGGCCAUCCGGCAUGCGCCCUGCUUGGCUACGGUGCUCUGUUCACAUCGAUAUUCGCGGCUCCCCCACCUCUACCCACAGCUGGCUGGUCUCUGAUCACAGGUAGCCAGACUCAGGAUUCGUACAUCAGCAAAGGAUCUGCGCGAGCAUCCUUGCCCAAGCCGUCUUCGCCUCUGAUCAGCACAUCAGAAGCUGCCCUGCUAACCUGCAUAUCUGGCAUUAGCCUCAUGACCAUCAGUCUUCUGUAUUCCAUUUUCGUUUCUUCCGCUUCAUCGUUCUCGCAACACACAAUCAUCUUCACGGCAUUAUCGGUUGCAUCAGCGACGGCGCUUGUGUUUUUAUCGCUUCCAGCUGCCCUACGAAGUCAACAGUACAUUGGACUGCACCUCGGCGGCCUUCUUGUCAUUGCAUUCACCGGAUGGCAAACCCUACCUGAAUGGUAUCAUUUGGUGUUCACUGGGUUGUCUUACACACUUUACGCUUGCGGCGUUGCGUGGGAUACUCGUGCUUCUCACGCACACUCGCAUGCUCACGAACAUACACACGCAGACCACGGUCACUCGCACGACCACAAACAUGAACACCACCUUCAUGCAAACCCUUCCAAAGUCUCCGCGUUCCUCAUUGCGCAAACGACACCAGGCUCCAUUAUUCACAGUGUCAUGAUCGAGAGGGAUUCACGACGAAUUGCGUACUUUGGAGUUCUCAACCUUAGUUUCAUGAUGGUCCAAUUCUUCUAUGGAUUCGUUAGUGGCUCUUUGGGUCUGCUCACCGACAGUAUCCAUAUGCUUUUCGACUGUGCUGGUCUUGCAGUGGGUCUUGCAGCGGCGGUCAUGAGCAAAUGGCGCCCCAAUGCUCGCUUCCCCUACGGGUAUGGCAAGAUCGACACUUUGUCCGGUUUCGCCAACGGUGUCUUUCUUUUACUCGUCAGUGUAGAGAUCAUCUUUGAUGCCUUCGAACGCUUGUGGGAAGGUCAUGAGCUUCAACGACUGAACGAACUCUUAAUUGUCAGUAUCCUUGGCUUCCUCGUCAAUAUCGUAGGCCUCACAGCCUUUGGCCAUGCACACCACGGCCAUGGACAUUCGCAUGAUCACGGAGAUCACGACCAUGGUCAUGGUCACUCCCAUGACAACGAGAACAUGCAGGGCAUCUUCCUACACAUCCUCGCCGAUGCUCUUGGCUCUGUAGCCGUCAUCAUUUCUACCUUGCUCACGAAGUACUACGGCUGGUCCGGCUGGGAUCCUAUUGCAUCAUGUAUCAUCGCGGUCCUCAUCUUCUUGUCUGCGAUCCCGCUUGUUAAGAGCUCAGGUAUGCGCCUGAUGCUGUCUCUUCCUACUGACGCAGAGUAUGGCGUGCGCAACACAUUGCAGGAGCUUAGCUCGCUACGUGGGGUUGUUGGCUACACAGUGCCAAAGUUCUGGCUGGAAGACGAGGGCGCCGCGCACGCAGAGUCCCAUGCGAAGGAGCAUCAGCACGGCAGCUGUGACGGCGGCCAUGACCAUGACCACGACCAUAGCCAUGCCAACGGACACAAGCACAAGCACUCCGGACACGACCACGAUCAUGACCACGCACAUUCCCAUUCCCACUCGCACUUGAACGGCCACACACACGCACAUGAUCACCACGGUCACGAUCAUGACCACAUCCACACUUCCGGAAAGCAAAGAAUCCUCGGCGUCAUUCACAUCAUCGUUUCUCAAGCCGCAGAUCUAGAGGACGUGCGAGAGCGCACAAUACAGUUCCUGAAGGGCAAGAAUAUGGACGUUGUCGUACACGUCGAGAGGGAGGGUGACGGACGCUGUUGGUGCGGCGGCGGGAAUAAGGUGAGCUGAGCUUAUACAUUAACAGCUAUGGACAUAUCUUUUUGAUUUCUUGUAUAGCAUUUAGCCGGAGUUUCGGUCGUUGUAACGGAGAUGUAUAUCAUGUAGAAACAUAAGAGCCUAUCUUCGAAAUUCACAAUUUCGGCAAUCUGCACAUAAGACUUGCAGGUAUCAAAUGGUAUCG